UUAUCGCUCACCUUGUAGGAUUCCACAUUCGCGGGACAUAGUGAAGGUUACCUGCUUCAACAGUGCUUGAACGGCAACCGAACUAUCGUCUUUCACCUCUUCGGACCUUUUCUCCAUUUUCUUAAUUUUGCGUGCUUCGUCGCUAAGUGACAUUCCGCUAAAAUUAAGUUGUGUAGCUACUGCUUUCGGUCAUCUUCCGCGAGUCCAUCGACGACGUAGUUCGAGAGACUGAGAGCCUCCAUCUUGCGAAUUGUGUUCCGAUCGUCCGAGGGCAUCAACCAGCCGCCGAAAUGACUUCCCAGGUGAGACAGAAUUUCCACCAGGACUGUGAGGCAGCCAUCAACCGCCAGAUAAACCUGGAGUUGUAUGCGUCCUAUGUCUACCUGUCCAUGUCAUACUACUUUGAUCGGGAUGACCAAGCCCUGCACAACUUUGCCAAGUUCUUCCGCAAACAGUCCCAUGAGGAACGGGAGCAUGCUGAGAAAUUGAUGAGCCUGCAAAACAAGAGGGGUGGUCGCAUCUUUCUUCAGGACAUCCGGAAGCCAGAGAGAGAUGAGUGGGGCAGUGGUGUUGAGGCACUGGAGUGUGCCUUGCAGCUGGAGAAGAGUGUGAACCAGUCCUUGCUGGAUCUGCACAAGGUGGCUUCCGAGCGCAACGAUCCCCACAUGUGUGACUUCAUUGAGACGCACUACCUGGACGAGCAGGUGAAGUCCAUCAAAGAGUUGGCCGACUGGGUUACCAACCUGCGCCGCAUGGGUGCCCCCCAGAACGGCAUGGCAGAGUACCUGUUCGACAAGCACACGCUGGGGAAGGAGAGUGACUAGGCCACUUCCUCUGCGCAUAUCGGCCUUUGUGUAUCUGCUUGACCCCCGAUUCGGUGUCUGUGCAGCAGCAGUUGAUUGUUUCCUUGCUAUGCGUCCAAAGUUGAUCCAAGCCAUAGUUGUCAGCAGUGCGGUUUGCUUGCUUCUCUUCACUGUUUCACUUGCAUAUGCUGCUGCAUGUCUGAUUACAAGUACUAAAUAAACACUCUGGUUUAAGUAA